GCAACACGCCCAACCGGAAGCCUCCCUUUAACGGCUUUAGUUUUCCUGCCUCGGGUCUCUUCUGUGAAUGGCCUGAAAACAUAGAAGCCCGGUGCCCGGUAAAUUUACCUGACAGUGAGAAAUGCCAGCACCCAGGUACGCAUAACAUGGCGGCGAGGAGUAACGUUACCGACCGUGCGUCGACUGCUGGAAGCUGAACGAAGAGUUGAUAACCGCAUAUACGAAGAGCGGAAGUUGUUCAACCAAAACACUCCGAGUGGACAAGACGGUUUCCCAUUUAUUGUCUUGUGCAGUGUGCAGAGAAGACCUCCUUGGAGUUUAGGAGUUUGAAUAACUAAACGGGCACCUCGGCAGACAGGUGCUAUGAGCGGUGAGCUGAACGUGCCGAUGGGUUCCCCGGCCCCAGGGGCCUCAGAGCGGGCUUCAGACGGCGGGGGGAUGGACUACAGGGACUGGGUGAGACGCAGUUACCUGGAGCUGGUCAGCUCCAACCACCACUCGGUGCAGGCCCUGUCCUGGAGGAAACUCUACCUGAGCCGGGCCAAGCUGAAGGCCUCCAGCAGGACCUCUGCGCUGCUCUCUGGCUUCGCAAUGGUGGCCAUGGUGGAGGUGCAGCUGGAGAUGCAGUACAGUUACCCUCCUGUGCUCCUCGUUGCCUUCAGCGUGUGCACCACCGUGCUGGUGGCGGUGCACCUCUUCGCUCUGCUGAUCAGCACCUGCAUCCUGCCCAACGUGGAGGCCGUCAGCAACAUCCACAACCUCAACUCGGUCAGCGAGUCACCCCACGAGCGCAUGCACUACUUCAUCGAACUGGCCUGGGGCUUCUCCACAGCCCUGGGCAUCCUGUUGUUUUUAGCCGAGGUGGUGCUCCUCUGCUGGAUCAAGUUCCUGCCCGUAGACUCCGGCGGGGCCAAAAGGGUAACCGCCUGCUGCACCACAACAGCCACUGCCGGCGCCAAGCCUACGACACCCCCAACUGUGUCACGGAACAGCGGCUGGCAGGCUGCGCUAGCAUCCACCAUCAUCAUGGUCCCAGUGGGGGUGAUUUUUGUGGUGUUCGCCGUUCACUUCUACCGCUCUCUGGUGGGCCACAAGACGGAGCGUCACCACCAGGAGAUCGAGGAACUGCACAAGAUAAAGGUACAGCUAGACGGCCACGAGAGAGGCCUCCAGACUGUGUGAUAACAUGACCGCAGCCUUCAGGACUUCCCUCUGUGUGUCGUUAUGUAUCUCUUCUCUGACAUUUGUCCUGGUCGUUGUUAAUGCCUUGCUUGGACUGGUAGGCAGUGAGCUUUAAAGCUCCUCACUUUGCAGCACAGACAGCCAGUACAUGUCAGAGUGCUAAUUUAUUCUUAAGAUGCAUUGUAGGACCUUGUGUCUGUUUUAGAUCUGUUUACAUGUGUUGGUCAAGGAUAAUGUAAAAGGUUUACAGAAAAAGAGCUAUUAUGUUCUGUGUGCCAUUUUUUUGUGCCAUGUCUGUGUUUUCAUGGUAGGGUUUGAUGACGAAAGCGGGUUCCAUUUUGGAUCUGGUUCCACCCAAAAUACCCGGAUUCAUUGUGAGGCUAACAAAUCUCUUAUUGAAUCUUAUAUCUCCCCUCACGCUUUGCUAGCAAAGAGCUGCCAUCACUCUCGCCAGAGGAAAUAGUAAAUGCCAUAAAUAUCAUGCCAAAAUAUGUAACUUGACUUGUUUGAUUAUUGUGCUCACUGUAAGCUGGUUUCUGUGCUCAGCCAAAGAUUUGUUUGUUAGAGAAAGAAUAACCACUCUAACAACAGGAUUCAGGAUCAAAAGCUGAUUACAGCUUAGUUAUUUAUAAAUCUAGUUCCUUGAACAUGUUGAAUGCUAAAUGGACUCAAUAAGAGAUUUGAAAAGAUUUAUAUUUACUAACCUGAUUCAGUACUUGAUUCUGAUUUGAUAAAAUGCCAUCGAACCCCAGCCCUGUUGCAUAGUGAGUGCAGGUCUCGCUGUUUACACUAAACCUUCAACUCAGUCAGGAUUACAUUAUUCAUAAAACUGAGCUUGUUGUUUUAACUGAAGUGCGAGUCAUGCAGCACAGUACAAGAAACUUGGUGUAUGUCUGACUGAUUGAGGGCUUCUGUAAAGUCUUAACAUUUUUUGCAUUCUUUUGAAAUUCUUGGGAGGUUGGUGUCAAUGUGUUUUUACAUCCAAAAUCUCAGACAAGCCCAAAUGUAAUUUUCCUCCUUCAAAUAGCGUUUAUUGUCUUUUACAAAGACCAUGGCGCCUGUGUAAAAGGUGUCAAGCCAAUCGAUUCUGCAAACCGAUGCUGCUCAAAGUCCUUAUAUACGAAUGUGUUACUGUCCAAAUAUAGUUCUGCCUUACAGAAUGAUUGCCUUUUAUGAACUGCUGUUUUUGAUAAAGGUCAUAACCCAAGCAGAUAUUUUUUGCUGGAAAUGUAGUCGAGACAAAGCUUAAACCAAUGAAGUUUAAAGGUGGAGUCUGCAAUUCUGGAGAUAGAUUCUUGAACGCAACACCCAAAUAAAUACCAAGGAACCUUAUAAGUUUCCUUACGAAACAUCCCUCCCGUCAGUGCUCCUUUUUUACGGUCCUCUCGCUCCCACUGGUUUUCUCUUUAUACAUCCAUGGCCUUUCCCCUGUCCUGUGCAUAAGCACGCUGGAAUAGUGUUGUGUGGCUCGGUCUGAGCCACUUUGUUUGUUCCCCAUUUACAGAGCCAGGGCUGUGAAUGAACACCGGACAUUGCACAUACAGACCAUGAGGAGAUACUCAAUGAAUAUUACAAAAAGUAUAUUGGAUUAGAAUCGCAGACUCCACCCUUAAAUGUUCAGUUGGAUGUGGAUGGAAAUGAGAACAGUCAUAGAGUACAUGUUGUGACCUUCAGUUUAUGAAGUAAAUACUGGAGACCUUUCAUUAAGUGUGGGUUAAGACUCACCAGUUGGCACUUUCUUGGAUGAGGACCGAGUAUGUUACUGUGUUUAAAAAAAAAAAAAGAAAAUGUACCAACCUGUUAUCACAUUCCAAAAAAAAAUUGACAUGACUGACCAAAGUGUUGCUCAGUUGUUUGUUUCUUGAUUCUCAGAAGAGACAGAAGUGCACUUGUAGUUUAGUUGUACAGUGAGCGAGUGUCUGGGUUCUUAUCAGAGAACAUCUUGCUUUGUCUCGUGUUUGUGCAUUUGUGCUUCUUAAAUGAAUACUGCAGAGGUCAUGGAGACCUGUGUUGGAAGAUAAAAUUCACAACCUGCCACAGACUUCUAAAAUAAAAAACAAUUAUAAAGUUC